CUUCCCCGGCUCACUCCGGCGCUCUCUGCUCUCCUCUCUGCACACCGUCUCUGAUCCUCCUCAAACCCGGGACCAAAAAACCGGCUGCCUACAUUCCUGAGGACGACUGUCUGGUCUGCCCAUGAGCCUUUCAUUCCUACACGGCAGGAGCCAUCUUUGGAGAUCACCUGGACCAUCGCACCUUUCACUUAUUUAACUUUUACUCUCUCUUUUUUUACUGGACUUAAACGACUCAUUUUUUUUACAUUCCGGGACGGACUUCUAGUGUUUUACCCCCCAUCUCUGUAAACAAGCGAUCAAAGGGUGUUAUUAUUAUUAUUAUUAUUUCCAAAUUAUACAGCUAGGUUGACCCAAGUAAGUAGGACGCUGUAGCGCACGCCUUUUUAUAUAUAUAUAUAUUUUGCACAACCCAGUGCUUACUCGUCUACGUGUAAGUCUUAAAGUAACCACACAGAGAAGAAUGGCAGGGAUGAACUCUCUGGAAGCUGUGAAGAGGAAGAUUCAGAGUUUGCAGCAGCAGGCCGACGACGCAGAGGACCGGGCUCAGGUCCUACAGAGGGAACUGGACGGUGAACGGGAGCUCCGAGAAAAAGCAGAAGGCGAUGUCGCAGGUCUCAACCGCAGGAUCCAGCUGGUGGAGGAGGAGCUGGACCGAGCCCAGGAGAGGCUGGCCACAGCGCUGCAGAAGCUGGAGGAGGCGGAGAAGGCCGCAGAUGAGAGCGAGAGAGGGAUGAAGGUGAUAGAGAAUAGAGCAAUGAAGGAUGAGGAGAAGAUGGAGAUCCAGGAGAUGCAGCUGAAGGAGGCCAAACACAUCGCAGAGGAAGCCGACCGUAAAUACGAGGAGGUGGCCCGUAAGCUGGUGAUCCUGGAGGGGGAGCUGGAGCGAGCCGAGGAGAGAGCCGAACUCGCUGAAUGUAAAGCCAGUGACCUGGAGGAGGAGUUGAAAAAUGUGACCAACAACCUGAAGUCUCUAGAAGCCCAGGCGGAGAAGUACUCUGAACGAGAGGACAAGUAUGAGGAGGAGAUCAAAGUUCUGACUGACAAACUGAAGGAGGCUGAAACCCGAGCAGAGUUUGCGGAGAGAUCUGUGGCCAAACUGGAAAAGUCCAUCGACGACCUGGAAGAGAAAUUAUCACAUGCCAAAGAGGAGAAUCUGGGCAUGCACCAAGUCCUGGACCAGACCCUGCAGGAGCUGAACAGCUUAUAAAUGCCCGGCGAGGAAGAUGGAGAGGAUGAGAUCAUCAUUAACAUUCCAUUAAACGUUCGACUCCAUUCCACAUUUCGAGCUGUAAAACCUGCACUCCCCACAGGAUUAACUUAAUGCUUGUCCCUUGGUGUUAUGUUUUUUUUUCCUUCCCCCCCCCCCCUCCUCAUCUUUUUCUCCUUUGCUUAGUUUUUAUUUCCAGUUGCAACUGCAGGACGUUCUUUAAAACAAAGAUUUUUGACCACUUAUUUAGAAACAGAUGGUAAAUGCACUCAAGGGAGCCUCAGAUUUGGCCUCUGAAUCACUUAAACUGGCUCAAAUUGACAUCAUUACAAGCACAUAUGAAUAAUUACUUGGGUUUUUCUUCUUUUUUUGGGGGGGGGGGGGGGUCCUAAAGGAUGAAUUCCUCAGGCGGUAAAGAUUUUAUUUUUUAUCUUUAGGAGGAUGCAACUGAAGACAUUUUACUAAUCCGUGCCUGUCUGACCUGCGUCCUCCUGCAUCUGUUUGGGUUUAAUCUGCAUGGUCGCCUGCCGGACGGAAACGGUUUCCAGUAAUAAACACACUAUUAAGCUGCUCCUUCACUUUAAUCUUAUUUACGACUAAUCAAGAGUCCUGAACUUCGGAGCAACUCUGCCGAACCCGAGGACAACGUCUUGGAUAUUCGCAGCGCGUCAGGCCUUUUGCUAACUGGGGGCUUGGUGGGAGUCAGCAGAGUCCGAGCAGACUGCACUACCUUUCCUACGGCAUCAGUAAAACUCGAGCGAGCUUAAGCCCAAAACCAGAAGCUCAGUCACGUCUCAUCAACCAUGGAUAACUAUUGUAUAUAGUAGGAGAAUGUUAGGUAUGUGAGAAGUUGUAAUGCUCUUAAUGUUUUAUUUGCUUUUUACACCACUUCUUUAUUUUCCAGGGGAAAUGCCAAGACCAAAGAACACAUGACACAGACAAAUCUUUUAAAUGUUUUAAUUUUUUUUUUGUGAUGGUCUCAGCUCAUGUCUAGGGCUAGGAGGGGGGUGGGGCUAAAAUUUGUUCAGGCCCUUUUAUUAUUUUUUUUCUUUCUUUCUUCGUUUACCACCCCCUCCAUGUUCAACCUUCAAUAAAUGUUUUACAGAA